UCCGGUUUCCGCGCGGCGGCCGAGCCGCUGUGGGAGGCGGCCCCGCGCACCCGGAGCGCGGAAGCGGACGGACCGCAGAGGUUGUUUGAAGGCCGAGGCGGACAUGGCGGCGCUGGCGGCUCCGGGCCUGCUGCGCCGGACCCUCGCUCUGCGCUCCAGCGUGGGCGCGGCGACACAGGUGCGUGGUGUCCACUCGAGCGUGGCCGUGGACAGCCCCAGCAGCACCCAGCCCGCUGUGUCCUCGGCUGGAGCUGUGGUCCCCAAGUCCUCUGCACUUCCCAGCAGCCGGGGCGAGUAUGUGGUGGCCAAGCUGGAUGACCUCAUCAACUGGGCCCGCCGGAGCUCCCUGUGGCCCAUGACCUUCGGCCUGGCGUGCUGUGCCGUGGAGAUGAUGCACAUGGCGGCGCCCCGCUACGACAUGGACCGCUUCGGCGUGGUGUUCCGCGCCAGCCCGCGCCAGUCGGACGUGAUGAUCGUGGCCGGCACGCUCACCAACAAGAUGGCCCCGGCGCUCCGCAAGGUGUACGACCAGAUGCCGGAGCCACGCUACGUGGUGUCCAUGGGGAGCUGUGCCAACGGGGGAGGUUACUACCACUACUCGUACUCUGUCGUGAGGGGCUGUGACCGCAUCGUGCCCGUGGACAUCUACGUGCCCGGCUGUCCCCCCACCGCUGAGGCCCUGCUGUACGGCAUCCUGCAGCUGCAGAGGAAGAUCAAGCGGGAAAAGAAGCUCAGAAUCUGGUACCGCAGGUAGUGCCGGCGCCCCCGGCCCCUGCGGCGUCCUCAGGAUGGUCAAUAAACCCAAUACACCCAC